CACGCCUGCGCAGCCGCAGGGGUGGGCUGGUGCGCAUGCGCAGGCGGGCUGGUGCGCGCAGCCUGCAGCUGCGGCAGCGAGUCUUGCGCAGAGUGGAGCGGCCGCCGGAGAUGUCUGACGCUUUGGUUUGAGGAGCGGUCAGUGACGCGAUGGAGCGAGCAAGGGAUCGCUUACACCUGAGACGGACUACAGAACAGCACGUACCAGAGGUGGAGGUCCAAGUCAAACGCAGAAGGACUGCCUCACUGAGCAGCCAAGAGUGUCAGUUGUACCCAAGGCGUUCUCAGCAGCAGCAAGUACCUGUGGUGGAUUUCCAGGCUGAACUGAGGCAGGCAUUCUUAGCUGAGACACCAAGAGGUGGUUAAAGCCAUAUUGGAAUAGCGAGGAAUCUGAUUCCAAGCAAAAACCAGGCUCCAUCUGCUCUUUGACGCUUCUGCCCAGCUUGCAUUGUUUCUAGGAGAACCUGCGUGAUACCUUUAUCUAGAGCCUUCCCCUAGGUCUUCAGAAGCAUCAAGUUUUAACUGUGGACAUCAGAUUUGGUGGAACAGCAAUCAUGACUGUGGGCAAGAGUAGCAAGAUGCUGCAGCACAUUGACUAUAGAAUGAGAUGCAUCCUACAAGAUGGCCGAAUCUUCAUUGGCACCUUUAAGGCUUUUGACAAGCAUAUGAAUUUGAUCCUCUGUGAUUGUGAUGAGUUCAGAAAGAUCAAGCCAAAGAAUGCGAAGCAACCAGAGCGUGAAGAAAAGCGGGUUUUGGGUCUGGUGUUGCUACGUGGGGAGAACUUGGUAUCCAUGACUGUGGAGGGGCCACCCCCCAAAGAUACUGGCAUUGCUCGUGUACCACUUGCUGGAGCUGCAGGAGGCCCUGGGGUUGGUAGGGCAGCUGGUAGAGGAGUACCAGCUGGUGUGCCAAUUCCCCAGGCCCCUGCUGGAUUAGCAGGCCCUGUCCGAGGAGUUGGGGGCCCAUCCCAGCAGGUAAUGACUCCACAGGGAAGAGGCACUGUAGCAGCUGCUGCUGUUGCUGCGACUGCCAGCAUUGCUGGAGCCCCAACACAGUACCCACCAGGACGGGGGACUCCGCCCCCACCUGUCGGGAGAGCAA